GGUACAUAUCCGCCCAUAACCGCAAGCUGCUCACUAAUUCAACCCAUUCGGUGCAUACUAAAUCGUCCGCUCCUUCUCUCAAACUUGCAUAUUCCUCCGCCGGCCGCAAUCGGUGUAUCUAUCAAGUCAAAUACGACUCCACCUAUGGCAUCACCUCACCUGCGCUCAUUUGCAGCUUCAACCUUUAACAGACUUGCUUUUCUUUCUUCCAAGCCCCCAACCAGCAAACCUAGUUUUGGUUCCUUUUCCUCUAUUAUAUCACCUAUUAGAUUUCAACAGCAACCCAUCAGAACAAUGUCCUCCACCGAAGCCCCCAAAAAGGUAGAAUGGCUCGUCGUCAUCCCCGACUUCCCCGGUGCUCAUGAGAAGCGUCUCGAGGUCCGGCCUCAACACUUCGGCGGCCUCAAACCAGCUGUCGAUUCCGGCCUCUACAAAAUGGGCGGUGCCGUCCUCAACGAGCCCCCCCAGGGUUCUGACCCGACCAAGUUCUCUUUCGCAGGCAGCACCAUCGUCAUCAGCGCCGCCUCCCGGGAGGAGAUCAAGGAGGUGUUGAGAAAUGACAUCUACGCCAAGGAGGGAGUCUGGGAUGUGGAGAAUGCCCAAAUGUGGCCCUUCCUCUGCGCCUUCCGGUUCCCAGUCCCUGGACAGGACGAAAAGUUCCCUGACCCUAAUACCAAGCAGUAGGAAGUUGGUGUAUGUGGUGGGGAGAAGAGAGAGAAGAGAGUGUGCAUUUGAUGAUGUCCAUGACUGUGUUGCGCCGGAAUUUUAAUUCUUCGUCUAAAAUCACACACUCAAUACAAUAGGCCCCUGAGACCACGAUAGAUCAAAUAUGAUUAAUUCAUGUCGGAA